AUGUGCCACUUUCAGGUCUCCUCACACUGCUGGUGGGUUCCAUUUUGUCAUAGGGUGCUGGCAGAUUACGGGCCUCCCAUUGCUGCUGCCAGGCCCGUAAUCUGCCAUGGGCCCCUGUACCGCCUCCUCAUGCUGCUGCCAGGUCCAGAGUGUCUCAUGGGUCCCUGUACGGCCUCCCAUUGCUGCUGUCUCCAUCGCAACACUGUGCCAUGUGCCACUUUCAGGUCUCCUCACACUGCUGGUGGGUUCCAUUUUGUCAUAGGGUGCUGUAUGGCCUCCCAUUGCUGCUGCCUCCACCGCCACACUGUGGCUCCACACUCUGGUUUUGGCCCCGUGACUGCCCAAAUGAGUGAAGUGUGCGGUGAUUCUAAGAUCGACGGCACUCAUCUGCAUGUCAUACUG